AUGUCCUUUUCUAGCAUCAUGACCAACUCGAUUCUGACCACUUUGGACUUGGGCUGCAACCUAAUCAGAGACGAUGGAGUUCAUGCGCUGGCUGAGACACUCAAGACCAACUCGACUCUGACCACUUUGAACUUGUGGCUCAACUGGAUCGGAGACAAAGGAGCGCAGGCGCUUGCUGAGGUACUCAAGACCAACUCGACUCUGACUGCUUUGGACUUGAGCGAAAACCCGAUCGGAGAUAACGGAGCUCUAGUGCUGGCUGAGGCACUCAAGACCAACUCGACUCUGACUGCUUUGGACUUGUGCCGCAACUGUAUCGGAGAAAACGGAGCUCAUGCACUGGCGGACGCACUCAAGACCAACUCGGCCCUAACCACUUUAAACUUGAACGACACCUCAAUCAGAGAAAACGGAGCUCAGGCACUGGCUGAGGCACUCAAGACCAACUCGACUCUGACUACUUUGGACUUGGGCUACAAUCAGAUCAGAGAUGGGGUGCAGGCGCUGGCUGAAGCUCUCAAGACCAACUCGACCUUAACUACUUUGGACCUAAGCAGGAACCAGAUCGGAGACAACGGAGCUCAGGCGCUGGCCGAGGCACUCAAGACCAACUUGACUCUGACUGCUUUGGACUUGGGCUACAAUCAGAUCAGAGACGACGAAGCUCAGGCGCUGGCUGAAGCUCUCAAGACCAACUCGACUCUGACUGCUUUGGACUUGGGCUACAACCAGAUCAGAGACGACGGAGCUCAGGCGCUGGCUGAAGCUCUCAAGAUCAACUCGACCCUAAAUACUUUGGACCUAAGCAGGAACCUGAUCGGAGACAACGGAGCUCAGGCGCUGGCUGAAGCUCUCACGACCAACUCGACCGUAACUACUUUGGACCUAAGCAGGAACCAUAUCGGACACAACGGAGCUCAGGCGCUGGCUGAAGCUCUCAAGACCAACUCGACCGUAACUAUUUUGGACCUAAGAAACAAUCAGAUCGGAGACAACGGAGCUCAGGCGCUGGCUAAGGCAUUCAAGACCAACCAAACUGUGUUCAUUUUAGAAGACUGA